GCCCUGAAUCUCCACACGGGACACCUUCAACAUCCACGCCCUACCGCACGUAAUGACUCAAUGGCGUUCUCCAAAAUGAAAAAGCUUUCUCAGCGAAAGCUUGAAUCUCCUCAUCGGACAAAAUCAAAUAAGCAAUUCAUCUCCCCCGCAUGAUGACACCAAACCUUUCCCCACCAACGAUUUUCACGCCAUCGGAACUGCGAUCCAAUCCUAGGUUAUCCAAAUCCAUCACGCAACUCGCAAUCGACGCAUUCCAUCGUUCGCAUGCACCAGAUCCGGUGAAAUGGGAUACCACAGGCUCUCGAUUCGACGAUGAAGAAGGGCUUCAUUUGCUGCUUAGUGGGGCGGGCAGCGUCAUUGCACUGAUCUUUGACGACGCGGCGAGCGCAGACGAGAACGGCAGCAUCAAUGGCGAAGAAACCAGAAUAGUCGUCGCGUGCGCUUCCCUAGUACCCUGGAAAGGCGGAUGGGAAAAAGAAGGCGCAGACACGGAAACAGGCUGGGAGAUUAAGAUCGUGUGUGUUGAUGGUGAUCCAAAGUACCAUCACCGUGGCCUAGCUGUUCAACUGCUCAACUUCCUAGAGCAAUAUCUCAUUGUGAGAGAAACAAUUGAGCUUGAACAAAAGGGACUGCGGGGUCAACGCGUGUUGAACUUGUGGAUCCUGGCGGCGGAGUGUCUCAACGGCGCGUAUUGGCGUAAGAGAGGGUAUCAGGAAGUGCGGAAGAAGACAUGGGGGCCGGGUACGUGGAGUUGCAAGACGAGUUUUGAGAUGGUGGUUUUGCGGAAGGAUAUUACGUUUGGGUUUGGUGGUGGAUCGGCGGUGGGAAUGUAAGAAGAGAAGAAGGUGCAGCGGGUGUAGGAUGGCGCGAUGGCUACCGCCGUGUCGCCGAACGCGAUAUAGAGCCUUCUUCCCAAUCGGGUUUUGGAGUCGAUGACGCCAUACUCAUGUUGAAUGUCAGGCCUGUUUUCGCGUAGAACGCUUGCAUUCCUGCCCGCCGCAGAUCAGGCAAGUAGCAUCGUGGUGUCUUCCUGUCCAGUGUAAUGAAUUCGUUUGGUUGCUCCUUGAACACC